AAACAAAGCUUUGAAAUAAUCCUACAAAACACAAUGAAAAUCCAUUUUGUUACCCUGGUUUUCCCCCUAAUUUUCUCUUUAGUCCAAGGUCUGAACCCCCAAUGUGCCACCCAAGACCAUGGCUCGAACCUCCAAGUGUUCCAUGUCUACAGUCCAUGUUCACCCUUCAAGCCCUCGAAGCCGCUUUCGUGGGAGGAGGAUGUGCUCCAAACGCUAGCCAAGGACCAGGCCAGGCUCCAGUACUUGUCGAGCCUGGUGGCAAAGAAAUCGGUGGUGCCGAUAGCUUCGGGCAGGCAGAUUGUGCAGAGUCCGACUUACAUUGUGAGAGCCAAUAUUGGAACACCACCUCAGACGAUGCUUUUGGCUGUGGAUACUAGCAGUGAUGCUGCUUGGGUGCCUUGCACUGGCUGCGUUGGCUGCUCCUCUACUGCUUUUGACUACGCUAAAUCCACCACUUUCAAGACCCUUGGCUGCCAAGCUGCUCAAUGCAAGCAGGUACCAAACCCCACUUGCGGUGGAAGCGCGUGCACAUUCAACAUGACCUACGGUGGUUCAACCAUAGCCGGAAACCUUUCACAGGACACCGUGACCUUAGCAACUGACCCAAUCCCAAACUACACUUUUGGUUGCCUCCAAAAGACAGCAGGCAACUCAGUGCCAACACAGGGCCUAUUGGGCCUGGGCAGAGGCCCAUUAUCACUCCUCUCACAAUCCCAAAAUUUGUACCAAUCAACAUUUUCAUACUGCCUGCCUAAUUUUAGGUCACUUAACUUCGCUGGGUCAUUGAAACUUGGACCGAAAGGGCAACCCUUGAGGAUCAAGUACACCCCAUUGCUCAAGAACCCUAGGAGACCCUCCCUUUAUUAUGUUAAUUUGGUUUCAAUUAGGGUUGGUAGAAAGAUUGUUGAUAUCCCACCAAAUGCCCUUGCUUUCAAUCCUUCCACCGGUGCUGGCACCAUUAUUGAUUCCGGUACGGUCUUCACUCGACUAGUUCAACCGGCCUACGUAGCCGUCCGCGACGAGUUCAGGAGACGAGUGAGAGUCGCGAAUGUGACAUCGCUCGGCGGGUUCGACACAUGCUACACAAUCCCGAUCGUAGCACCCAUGAUAACGUUGAUGUUUUCUGGCAUGAACGUGACACUGCCGCAAGAGAACCUGCUGAUCCACAGCACCGCAGGUGGCAUCACGUGUUUGGCGAUGGCAUCAGCACCGGCGUUGAAUGUGAUCGCCAACAUGCAGCAGCAGAACCACAGGGUGCUUUUUGAUGUGCCCAAUUCGAGGGUGGGCUUCGCCCGUGAGCAAUGUUCUUAAAAUGUGUGGCUUUUUUAACUUAAAAAAAUAUUAAUGAUGAUGAUAAUAAUAAUAAAAUCUAGGUCGAAAUUUUGUAGUUUUUUUUUUACUUGUAUUGGGGGAGUUCUAAGUCGGGCUUUAUUUAGGUUUUACUAUCCAUAUAUGGAUAUAUUGUGCUUGAAUUGUUCUUUUUAAU